AAAAUUUUUUAAUGCCAACGUUAAAAUGAUCAUAUAUUACUAAAAAAGUAAAGUAUGGUUAGAACAGAUUCAGAUCCUGCUCUUUUUUUAAGCUAUUGGUAGAAGUAUAGAAAAAUCAUACGAAUCAUAUGUACAUAUAUAUUUACAUAAAACAAAGCUACAGUGAUUUCAGACCGUGUUUGUAUUAUUUGUCUAGAUUUUAGACAUUAAAUUAUUGUAAAAAAUUGUCUGUAUAUUUAUUAAGUCAUACGUAAUGGAAGCGUCAGCAGAAAGUCACUCUAAAGAAACUAAUGAUGAAACGAAAAAGGAUGAACAAGCAUCUAACUCUUCAUCAGAUAAAGAUGACAUUUCUGGAGUAGAAAAGGUAUCGCAAUAUUUAAUGUCCAAAUUGAAAAUUAGCGAUAGUGACGAAAAAAUGGGUAUAAAACCAAAUAAAAAGAUUUUGAAGGAGUUAAGUAUCCAAGGGAUUGUAGAUUUCAUUAAAGAAAAUAAUUGCCGUAAUAUAAUAACGAUGGCUGGUGCUGGUAUAUCAACUUCUGCGGGAAUACCUGAUUUUCGUUCGCCAUCUAGUGGAUUGUAUUAUAACUUGCAAAAAUAUAAUCUUCCGUACCCUCAGGCAAUUUUUGAAAUCGACUUUUUCAAGUCUAAUCCUGAACCAUUUUUUGUAUUGGCAAAAGAAUUAUUUCCAGAAAAAUUAAAACCUACGUUAAGUCACUUCUUUAUUAAGUUAUUAUCGGAUAAAGGAAUGUUACUGCGACAUUACACACAAAAUAUCGAUACUUUAGAAAGGAUUUCUGGGCUGCCUCCUGAAAAGUUGGUUGAAGCUCACGGAACAUUUCAUUCUUCACGAUGUCUUGAAUGCCGUACUGUUUACGAUCUUUCUUGGAUGAAAAAGAAAGUCAACGAAGAAACAAUACCGAAAUGUGAAAAAUGUUUAACAGGUGUUGUUAAACCAGACAUUAUUUUCUUUGGUGAAAUGUUACCCCAGCGUUUUUAUCAAUCAAUUGAACACGAUUUUCCUAAAGCCGAUUUACUUAUUAUUAUGGGCUCAAGUUUAGUUGUACAACCAUUCGCGUCUUUAAUUGAUAAAGUAAAAUCAACAUGUCCACGUUUACUUAUUAACAAAGAAAAAGUUAGUGUACAAGAUAGACUAUCACGGUUUUUUGGUCUAAGUCAUGGGUUUGUUUUUGAACCUAAAAAUUCCGAGGUUGCCCGAGAUGUUGCUUGGAUUGGAGAUUGUGAUAAGGGGUGUAAAUUACUAGCAGAUAAACUUGGCUGGACUGAGGAAUUAGAAAAAAUUAUGCAAAGUGAUUUUCAACGACCAAGUGCUGAAAAAUCAGAAACAUCAGAAUGAAAUUAUGAGAAAUCAUUGUGUGAGAAAUUGUAUGUUUAAUAGAUGUAUAUAUUUAUCUUAUUACAAAUCAUCAUAAUUUUUAUUUCUAUCGGGUUCAAGUUCCUUAAAGAUGGCCCUUCUUUUGGUUUAAAUAUAAGGCCCCUUGGCCGUUAAAUGUAAAGGGGAUCGGGUGGUCUAAGACGAAGGUCAAUUUGCAAAGAAAGCAGUAAGUAUGAAACUUUGUAGGAACAUGUUUUCGUUUGUCCGGUGACUCUUUCUUGAGACCCAUGCGACUACUUAUUUAUUUAUUUAUUUCGAAUCGAAUAAACACCGAUCGGCUAUAUACAUACAAAGUUUUUAUUACAAGAUUAAAAGAUUAAAUGAUUAGAUAGCAUCAUUUUAUGCAUGUACUUAAUAACUAUAAAGAAAAUUAUUGCACAGACUAAUACAGAUCAAUAGAGUAGUAACAAGUUUUUUACAUUAGAUGUAAAGGAGAAGAGUGAACCACUAAAGUAAUCUAACUCAGUGCAAUGAUUAUUAACUAGAUUCGCAAUCCUGUUUAUUGGUCCAUAACAUACGUAGUUUUUUGUUGUCUUUAUUGAAUACAGCAGCCUUCGGGAUCUUAGAUCUGGUCUUAAGCAGAUGAAACUGAAUUGUUCCAAGAUUUCAGGGGCAUAUAUAUUCAUUGAUUGUUUUGUAAAAAUGGGUUAAGUCAGCACUAAUUAUAUAUAAUUAUUUAUUAAUUGAUUAAAUCUGGACAUAGCAUUCUGUUGAAGUUGCCGCCUAUAAUAUCCGGAACUUUGACCGAAGUACCUCUAAAAAUAAUAAUUAAGAAAAAACUUGGAAACAGGAAAGGAUUAAAAAACUUCGUAAACAUACUGAUUUUUUUUUU